GUGCUUUUUCUUUUUGCUGUUGUAGAGGAAUGACAUUGCCAUGGCAAUUACCAAGUUUGAUCAGUUUGACUUUCUUAUUGACAUCGUCCCAAGAGAUGAGCUGAAGCCUCCAAAGCGUCAGGAAGAGGUACGUCAGGCUGUGACCCCGGCUGAACCCGUGCAGUAUUAUUUCACCCUCGCUCAGCAGCCUGCUGCAGUGCAGGUCCAGGGGCAGCAGCAAGGACAGCAGACCACGACAUCUACAACCACCAUCCAGCCGGGGCAGAUCAUCAUUGCUCAGCCUCAGCAGGGCCAGGUGGGAGAAGGCCAGCAGGUGCAGAUUGUUCAGGCCCAGCCGCAAGGACAGAGCCAGCAGGCGCAGAGUGGCACCGGGCAGACCAUGCAAGUCAUGCAGCAGAUCAUCACCAACACGGGGGAGAUCCAGCAGAUCCCGGUUCAGUUGAAUGCUGGCCAGCUGCAGUAUAUCCGCUUAGCCCAGCCUGUGUCAGGCACCCAGGUAGUCCAGGGGCAGAUCCAGACGCUUGCAACCAAUGCACAGCAGAUCACGCAGACAGAAGUCCAGCAAGGACAGCAGCAGUUCAGCCAGUUCACAGACGGGCAGCAGCUCUACCAGAUCCAGCAAGUGACCAUGCCUGCAGGCCAGGACAUCACACAGCCCAUGUUCAUCCAGUCCACCAACCAGAGCUCGGAUGGCCAAGCCACGCAGGUGACGGGGGACUGAGCAGGGUCACUCUGUGGGGAAACAAACACGUGCCAGCCUUCACCUUACCUGCUCUGAGGAAUACGUUGCUUCUGUGUCUCUACUUGACAGUAAGCCUAUAGUAGGCUGCAUUCUCUGGUGCACUAUACGCCUUCGUCUGGUGGGUAUGAGAGCAUAUCCAGCAAACACUGACAGGAAUGCAAGAUUUUUAUUUUUGGAAGUCAGUAUUUCAGUGUAUUCAGCUGCUUGUUCAAAGCCCGUGAAACUGAAGAGAACUGAUGGAGUUUGUAGCAUCUCAUUGAACAACGUGUAAAAGGUUUUUAUCUGGUGAAAUUAUUAAAGGGUACCGCGUGUUGCAAGAGCUUUAUUCCUGGUACUCAGUUUGUGUUUCUCCCUGAAUAGAGCUAGAUUCAGUCCUGCCAUCUCAGUGGUCUGUUUCGGGUGGGAGGGGGGAGCGUGUAUGUGUGUUAGGUUGCCCUCUCCUGCCUCCUUUUUUGGUAAGCUGGAGCAUUGAAUAUAUGCAGCUAGGGGGCAGGGAGUAGGGGAAGAGUAAUUAAAGUGCAAACAAAAACAUUCCUUGUAUUACGACUGUAUCUUCUAAAGACAAAGCGAUUCUCCAAUUCGACCUGGUUUAUCCCAGAGAUGCUCAUGGCAGACUGGAUGAACCCCAGCCCCGCUGUUCACUGUUGUACUGCCUUCGGUCGAUGCAUGUAAUAUAAGCUUCCUCAAACGAAAUAAAUUUCCUUUGUAA